UGACAGGAGCCGCGGCAGCAGCGUGUGGGAGCAGGACGGCAAUGUGAGCAUCGCCUGGACCCUUCCGUCAGCUCAUCCGGCGCAGCCAUGUGUCACCAACAUUCUGGACCAAUGCUCUCUUGAUGCAGCACACUAUGUCCUGAAGCUGUACACUGUCAUGAACCAGAGCGGUGCUGGUGCCAGGAGAAGAGGACCAGGGAACGGGGAGUAAUGGAGCACACACAAGGCUCACUCCACCAUGACUCUCUACAUGCAGUCGUCAAGGGUCAUAUCCACAUCAAUUACUAGAAGUCAGUCAUUUGCAGGCGUUAACUCAAACUACGAAAAGACCAGACAUCGACAGGCCUUCCAUACACCAACUGUUUCUCGAAAGUCUGGAUCUAAAGUUCGUAGAAUGUUCUCUAUGUCACACAAGUCCCCUCCUCCUAAGGUUCCUCAGCCUGACAGAGUGGACGAGGUCUAUAAUGCACUGAAAAGGGGACUGGGGGCAUACUUAGAAGUCCACCAAGUCGAACUGGAUAAGCUGUCAGUCCAGAUCAGAGAAUCUAAAAGGAACUCAAGACUGGGUUUUUUAUAUGACUUAGACAAGCAAGUGAAGUCUAUUGAGCGGUUUAUCCGGAAAUUAGAAUUUCACACAAGUAAGAUAGAUGAGUUAUAUGAAGCAUACUGUAUCCAGCGUAGAUUGAGGGAUGGCGCACAUAAUAUGGUUAGGGCUUUUUCCUCCUCUCCAAGUAGUAAAGAGGCCCGUGAGAGCAUGACAGAAGCUGGAAAAGGAUACAAAGAAUAUACAGAGAACAUGUGUGUACUAGAGAAUGAACUUGAAAGUCAGCUGGGAGAAUUUCGCAUUAAAAUGAAGGGGCUUGCGGGAUUUGCAAGGUUGUGUGCUGGAGAUCAAUAUGAGAUUUUUAUGAAGUAUGGCCGGCAACGCUGGAAAUUAAAGGGACGCAUUGAAGUAAAUGGAAAGCAGGUUUGGGACAGUGAGGACAUGGUAUUUCUUCCACUAAUCACGGAGUUCCUUUCUAUAAAGGUCACAGAACUGAAGAGCCUUGCAAACCAUGUCAUAGUAGGCAGUGUUUCAUGCGAAACAAAAGACCUCUUUGCAGCUCUUCCCCAGGUUGUAGCAGUGGAUAUUAAUGACUUGGGAACAAUCAAACUAAAUUUGGAGGUCAAUUGGAAUCCAUUUGACAAGGAAGACCAACCCUCAGCUGCCAGUACUGUAAAUAAAACCUCUACUGUGAACAAGCGAUUUUCCACAUAUAAUCCUAGUCCUCCAGAUACCCCCUCAUUGCGGGAACAAGCAUUUUAUAGUUCCUUGUUGCCAGAUCUGGGAAAGCAUAGCUGGCCAAUGCUUGUAAUGCUUCGAGAGACCCUAACUGACAAAUUGUCUCAGGCUUGCUCGUGCAAUGAUGUCUCAUCUGUCCAGGUUAAUACUUAUGAGCAAGACUACUAUAAUAUGUUACGACGUCAGGAUGAUUUGGAAAAUGGAGCUGCCUGGUCAAUUUCUUCAGAAUCUUCUGAUGAUUCCUCUAGCCCACAGUUACCUAGCAGUACUUGGCAUACUCCCAAGAACAUUGUUCAACCUGAACUUCAGGCAUCUGCUCCAGAUAUAGAAAUAUCCUUUACACAAACAGACGAAAGUGUGGUCACAGGAGCAGAUAUUUCAACCCAGGAAGUGGAAAACGAUGUAAAAAUAGGUCAUGAAAUCGUGGCAUCAACAAAAGGCUCUGUAGCUAAUGGCCAUGUAGUAUACUCAAGGACAUUAAGCCAUAUAAGUGAAGUAAGCUUUGAUGCUGCAGGUUCAGAUUUCCAUGUCUUGGAUGAACCUCAGAUAACCCUACCAUUUGAUAAGGAUGUUUUGGAAAGUGUUGCUGUUCAAGACAACUGUGAAAAAGUUGACAGUUUGCAAAUCACUGCACAAUUAACCUGUGCUAAGGAAGAGGAAAAUGAAAUACUUCACAUAAAACCUGAAGCAGAUGUGGAGCAAGUGAUCAUUGAUUCAAUUCAGUCAUUGAAUUCAGAGACUCAAGUACAGGAGAUUGUACCUUGUGCUGAAGAGUUUGAACUUGUGUUAAAUAACCUUGUUGAGACUCAGCAGCCUGUAGUUCAUGGUUCUCCCACUAAUCCUCCAUGUUUGGACACUGUUCCAGAAGAGAGGGAGAGUCCCAUCUUUGCAGUAGUAUACUCUGACUCCACAAAAAGGAGGAAUGUUGAUGGUGUGGAUGAGGCAAUUAAUUCCUUGAGUUCAUCACUGGAUGACUACCGGGGCCAAUUCCCUGAAUUACAGGCACUUGAAAUUAAACUCCGACAUCUGGAAGAGAUUCUCAUGCAGAAGCAAGGAGUAUUCAGAAGCAGAGCAUCCAGCAUAAGCCUCACAGUGGAAAAUGCCCUUGAGAGUUUUGACUUCUUAAAUACCACUUCUGAUAUGGAGGAUUCAGAAUGCUCGGAGGGAGAAGGUGUUCCAAAUGAAAGGAGCGAGAGUAGUGAAGCUGUGCCUGUAACACCAAUUGAACAGAAAAAGGCCAAGAUGGAGGAUGUUGUGGUAUGCUCUUCCUCUGAAGGACUCUCCAAUCCUCUGACCACUGGUAGUGAACAGUUGGAUAAGGCCUUGGUUAUACACCUGCACAACUGCAAUAGGCUGCUGUUGCAUUUAGGCACAUUUGGACCCCUUCGCUGUCAUGAGUUAUAUGCACUUGAUAAAUUAAUGAGAGAAGCCCAUAUCUUGGACAUGAUCUGUACGCUAACCGAGGAAAAAUCAGGAAGGGAACAUUCUGCAGUAGAAGUUUUGAAAUUUUCAACACCAAAAGAAAGAAUUGUGGAGUUCUGGAAUGAAUGUGUACAGCCCUCAGAUGUGUUUGUAUGCUCUGUGGAGACAAUUUUGCAGUCUUUGAAUAUACAAUAUGCUGAAAAAAUCAACUUGCAACAACAAGGGCUUUCUGAUGCUGUCUUUGUAAAGCUGCUUGAAGAUAUUUUGGAUCAAAAGUUGCCCAGAAGAUCCAGAACCACUGAAGGUGAACAUAUAACAAUCUUUCAGUAUUGGAGAUACUUUGAUUCGACCACAGCCACUGAUUUGGAUGUCCUCAUGCAUAAUUUGUCAAAAGAAGUACUGUUUGUGCAGAAAUUGAAUUCAGAUGAUCAGAAUGUAGUUCUUAAAGCCUUGAAGAGGGUGUCUGAGAGCAGCAUACAGAAGGAAGGAUUCAAGACUCUGAGCCUUUUACUUACUAAUGGAAACAGCAGAGUCAUUGCAGCUGCAUCGUCAUUGCUUAAAAGUUUUGCUGAACAGCAACCUUUUAGGGAACGGGCUCUUGUGUCCUACCUGGAGCAGCUUGAAGAUGAAGAUGUACACGUGCGUGUUGCAGGUUGUGCUGCACUAGGGUGUUUAAAGGCCAAAGAAAGCAUAGAACAACUUGUUUACCUGUGCCAAACAGACAAGGAGGAAGUAAAAGUGGCUGCCAAACAUAGUCUGAUACUUUUUGGAGAAGAUGGUAAAAAUGCUUGUCGGCAUUUGGAGGAAACUCUGGGAAAUCUGCCUCGACUUUUCUCACCUGGAGCAAUGGCAAGCACUGCGUUCUAAACCUACCAGACACGUCAUCUUGGAGACAAGAUGGACACAACUACGAGACAAGAGGCACAUGAGAGAGGAAUUUCAAGAUAUGAGCAAGUGUAGAUGACAGUAUUGAGGAGCAUCUUUACUGCGGACAGCUUUGUGCUGGAUGCUGAUAGAAAGCUUUAUUAAAAUGAUCUACCUCUGACAAUUGUAAUGUUUCACUAAGGGACAAGAUCAGUAAUGAGCAUCAACUACUACUCACUGUUCAAAUAUACAGUCCAUAUGUUCCAUUAUUGUGUGGGAUAAUGCAAUAUGAAAUCAGAGAGUUUGCAAUAUAGGAAGGCGCCUGCUCAUUGAUGUUUAUAUGUAGAUUUUAUUCCAUGAUGUAAAGAUCCGCCAUGCAUGCCCUCAUUACAGUACACGUGUAAGCAUGGGCUAAGUGACCACUGCUAUUUUUGUAACAAAUGCCACUAGUCCAUGUGGAGUGGUCCUUGUAACGGAAUUCUGUAUUUUUGUUUUUAAUGGGAAAUAACAUGAGAAGAAUGGCCUGAUGGGAAGCUUCCAGUGAUAGUCAGACCUUGUUUAUAUCAAUAAAUGUGGCUUAUAUUUUUACAACAACAAAAUAAUAGCAGUCUAUAUGAGAUCUGUCAACUGACUAUUUCUUGUGUAAAAUUGUGCUAUAUCUUUAUAUGUUCAGGUUAUAAUUCUGCUGACACUCUUGAUAUAUAGUUUUCUUCAGCAAUUCUUUACUCAUCAGUUAUUUAGUUACUAAUUUAAGGGACAUUUCCAUCAGAACAGGGUAUUUUUUCAUACUCAAUAUUUAUAAAAACAAACAAACUUUUUUUUAGAUUUUUUUUCCUGCUUUUCUCGUUCAUUUCGACAGUACUAUGCCAUUGGAAUUUAAAUGCAAAAUAUUGUCCUUUUGUAGCAGUCAAUACAAAUAAGACCUGCAGUAUAGAUAUACCUAUCUAUUGUCAGUUUACUGCCACGCUGAGGGGAAUAUUUUAUCUCAAGGGUAACCCUCAUGAUAGUAAUUCUAGAAUUAGAAUAACAGUAGGACAGCUCUAUUGUUCUCUUGAUAGGCAUAGAUAAAGAUGCCCAUAGAAGAGCACUGCAUUGGUUAGUAUAUUGUGUCACUCAUCCUUCUUCCCUCGCUGAAGACGUUAAGUGGGACUACCCGCUGUACUAAACGUCCAAUCAAAUAGGAGCCAGGAUGGGAAGUAAUAAAGAUGGAGUGACUUAAAAAAAAAAAUCAUAUCCAGAAAACCAUCCACCCCUUUUUUGAUAAAACAAAUUAAUUAGAACAUUCACAUAUAGGCUGUUAAUAUGUGAUACAUUUUUGCUGGAAGUGUCCCUUUAAAGGGAAUCUGUCACCAGCAACCUUCUUAUCUACGAGUUUGCAUAGACAUAUAGCUGUGGUUCAUCUGAUUAAAGUGCUGUUUUUCUUUUGUUGAUCUGAAGCUUCGUUCCCAAGUUAUGAUACUUAGGCUUUUGGUUGCACUUGCUCUUUUGUUGCACCCAAGCUCCACUCCUUUCUGCCUUUCUGUGGCAGGCCCCUCCCUGGCUGCUUUGGCGCUGCCUAGCGCUGUCAAUCAUAGCAGCCAGAGAGGGGGUGGCCACAGAAGGGGGGGGGGGGGGUGCUUGUGUGCAACAAGAACAAUGGUGACGCCCUCAUUGCACUAAUGGCCUAACUUGCAUAAUGGGAAAAUUAUAACUUUGGAACAGAGCCUCAGAUCAACAAAAGAGAGUUUUGAUUACUGAACCACAGCUAUGUGUCUAUGCAAAUACUUGACUAGGGAGGUCACUGGUGACAGAUCCCUAAAUACAAAUGUAUUGUUUUAGUUGUUGUCACGGCUGCACCUAAUCAGUAAUAUCACAGCUGCAGUUGGAUGAAUAGUGUUGAACUAUAAAAAAACGGACACAUCACUCUUAAGACUCCUGCUUGCUGUAUAACUAUCACUAUGUCGGGGUUUACGUGGAUAGGCGUCAACCAUCACAAAUCUGCUGUGUAUCUCAUUUUAAUGUUGGGCCCAUAAAAGUGAAGUUUUAAUAGGACAUUGUCCAUUGUGCUGAAAUCUACAUAAGGCUGCGUAAGGCCCAAUUACACCAGAAGAUAAUUGAUAAGAUCAUCUCUAACAAGCACUCGUAUGAAUGCUAUUUAGCGAUGAUCUGGCAGUAUAAUACUACUGCCGAUUACCUGAUGAACAAGCAAAUGCUCGUUCAUCAGGUAUUCAGUCUUUCAACAUGUUUAAAAAUAAUCGUUUUCAGGCAGCAGAUUGUGUUGUGUAAUCAGCACUCUGCUGCUGGCAAACAAUGAUUCAGUAUGAGGAUGAGCGAUAGCAUUAGCGAUCACUCGUCCCCAUACUGAGGAGGAGAUUGCGGCUUGUAAUAGCAGCUGUCUUCUCCACUAGAGAGCAGGGGAUUGCCAGGAAGGAACACUUCCUUCCCGACAGUCGCCUGCCUGAUCAGCAGGUGUAAUAGGACCUUUAAUCUGGGAACUCCAUGCACAAUGAUGUGUAUCCUGAGGUGGUAAACUGACUUACAUUUCCUUUUCCUUCUCUGGGAAAAAUUACUCACCUUGCUCAACUCUAGUACUGCACCCUGGUAAGCAACUGCUGCUGGCAAGGUAGACCAGUUGCUAAGUCUACUGUGGCCUGCCUUCUAUCUUCCGCUGCAACCUGUGCCCUGCGGCUUUGGCUAUACAUCACUGCCAGUUGCCCAGAGAUGACAUCAAGGCAGUGGUUUGGGAUCGGUGAGAGGAGUAUAAGCGCCUUUAACAAUUUGCAGGCCAUGGGAAAACUUUUGCUUUGUGCUGGAAUACCCCUUUAAUGUACAUUGCUUUUGCUAUUGAUCCUGACCUUGGCAUUGUUCUGCUCCUACCGAGUCUUUUGGAUACUAUGCUUGGUACUUGUACCUGGCCCUGACUUCUGGCCUGUAGCCUGUGUCAAAAUGAUUGCGGUAUGUGAUCGUAAUACAUUGUUCACCCAGGUUUUUUUUACUUUGUAGAAAUUACACAAAUCACAGAUAUAACACAAAACUAUUUUUUAAUAGCCGAACAUUCUACCUUCAUGAAACAUGCCUCAAACAAAUGACCAGCCCAAAACAGACCAGGUUGAUAUCCACUCUAAAAAAGUAUGGAGUGCACUAGAGAUGAGCGAAUCAAUUCUAACAAAUCAAAUUUGUUCAAAGUUGGCCUUCUGGUGCAGCAAGAGCCUGGCCCUGCUGCUCAAGACAAACCCCUUCCCCUUGAUUGACAGAGCCAUGUCAAUCUUGUGCCCUUGCUCUGAGUGGAACAGGCAUCAGCAGCAGAUAUUUUGUGCUUGAACAGUGCAGAUACACACUCCUCAUGUGCAGAAUAUGUCUGGUUACACCUAGAAGUAGAGAUGUUGGAUUUAAAUGAAGGAAAACUGCCUCCACUUCCAGGUGUACCCAGACAUCAGUAGCACACACACACAGUCAGUAGCAGCAGCAGCAGAUCCUCUGCUCUUGCACUGGUACUCGGAGCAACAUUAAAGGCAACCAAUUGAUAGGGCCAGGCCAGACUUCUGGCUCUGUCAAUCAAGGGAGUGAGGAGGAGUCUCUUGAAUAUUGGAACCAGCCCCCUAGUGCUCCAGAAGGCUGAUUGUAUAUGAAUUUCUACUAACCCUUAAAGACUUAAAUCUUAGACAAUAACUACUCAAACAACAUUAUUCCUAAAGAUUUGUGGUAUGAACCACCCUUUUUUAUAUUAAUGAGAAUACAGCAUAGGAGGAGCCUGAUUCCAAUCAUGGCAUGGCACUAACUAAGCAGGGGUCGGCCUGCCUGCCAGCUUACAACCCUUAACCAGGACAUCCAUGCCUAUUUGUCCUCCCAGGCAGGCUGGGAAAGUGUUGGCCCAGAAAAUCCUGGGGAUCUGUCAUCUGACUAGUGUUCGCCAACAUGCUCGUUCACUCUGCUGUAGGGCUAAUGGUAGCACACCAUGGUCCACCACAGAACUUCUCACCAAGAAAUUUGUUUAUACCAGGUCUGAAUACUUUUAAGUUAUUUAAUAAAAUGUAUUUGUAUAGCGCA